AAUUAACAACUUUUCAACUUGCUUGCAACAUUGUAACUGUGUGUGUGUGUGUGUGGCACGCAUAAUGGCAGAUAGUAUGCAAAAUUAUCAGCAAGCCGGUUUUGGCAGCGUCACCGCCUACAUUACCCCGAGUGCGUCCGAGCAUGGCCCAGUGGCCAUACAAGCAUCGAAUGGCGUCACUGGCUUCUAUUACAACGGCACUUGGUACAACUGGGAUGUCUACAGUCCUGCUCCAGUGCAGGAAAUGAGGCUGCCGCCGCCGCCUGCGCUGCACGUGCUCGACGCUUUGGGUAAUUAUGUCUAUCAGCCAUAUGCAGCGCAAGUGCUGCCACCUGGCGCAGCUAUGGUGGCGCCACCAAGCUAUCAACCGCUUCCAGCUGAUUGCAACUGCCCGUACAGUGGGCGCGAUGACUUUGCCACGUAUGCAGCGAAGCCACCAACGCCGUCGCCGCCGCCUCAGCUGCCGUAUCGCCGGCAUAUUGUGGAGCCAACACGCACCAACAGCAAAUCCAAUGCGGAUGGGCGCAGCUAUGAAAUCAUUGAGAUUGACAUUAGCGAGGCUGUGGAGCUGUAUGUAGCCAAAUCUGGCUGCAAUCUGGUCGUCACCGUUUGCAAGCAGCGCAAUGCCGAGAGCAAUCAGCCUGUGGGUCAGCAUACGCCUGUGGUGCUCAUCAAUCAGCGUCUGGUGGACGAUGUGCCGCAACAGCAGUCGCCGCCGCGCUGGGAGCUGCCCAAUCGUCCGCCCUUUGGCAUGCAGCCAUUUGAGAGACCAGCAGCGGCCAAAACGCCGCCGCCGCCUGCAGCAGCCGCAGAGCCGCCAGCAGCUGAAGCGCCACAGCUUGAGCCGGAGCCAUAUGAGCCGCCGCCUGUAGCUGCAUUAAAUGCAUUUGAGCCACAGCCCAUAGAUGCAACAAUUGCAUUUGAGCUGCAGCCCAUAGCUGCAUCGACGCCAACACCAGAGACUGCGCCACAGCUGCUGCCAGCCGAGGCGACAACAAUUCCGCAAGCAGCCUUGGGUGCUAUAACCAAGAUAAGUCCGCAGGUGGCUGUGGAGCUGCCCAAGCACGAGUGGGAGCAGCAGCCCAAGCGUCAGGCUGAUUGGCAAUGGGCAGAGCCACAGGCUGAUUGGGCAGAGCCAAGGGCGCAGUGGGUGGAGUACAAGCCUCAGGCUGAGUGGGAGCUGCCCAAGCUCAAGCCGGACUCGGAGUCGGAGCAGUCCAAGCCAUCGAGCUUGCUGUCACACUUUCGUGCACCGCGUCGCGUUGCACAGCUGAAUCAACAGAAAGUUUACUUUAACGAUACAAGCGCCAAGAGCGCACCAGCAACGCCGCUCAAGCCCAAAGCACAAGUAGCUCCAACCCCGGCUACAGACACUAGUGGCAACAAGGAGCUGCUGCCAGCUGCUGUCAAGUCCGAUCGCAUUUUGUCACGCGAGUUUCAUGCAUCCCCACGCAUUGUGCGCCAGGAGUUUGUCACCAUCAGCAAUCAGAGUCUGCCAGCACCAAUGACUGCCAUCAUCAAGCCGCAGUGCACUCAGCUGGGCAAGAUUAUAAGCUAUGAGUUCACUGCCAGCAGCGCCAGCAAGCAGAGCACGGAGAGCAAGCAGGAGAGCACCCUGACCAAGCUGAUACUACAGGAGCGCGUCAAGCGCCAGAGACCAAAGCCAAAGCCAAAGCCAAAGACAGUCAAGCAGCAGGCAAGUCCUCGCUUGCAGACAAGUCCUCGCUGCCAGACAAGUCCGCGCUUGCCGGCAAGUCCACGCUUCCAGCCAAGUCCACGCUCGCCGCCCAUUGAGACUGCAGCUAAAGAGGAAGACAAGUCAGAGCCCGCUGCAGCUAAAAAUAAAGAGAAGCCAGCAGAGCCAGCGCCAUCGCCAACUCCAAAACCAGAGCCAGUGCCAGAGCAGUCGCAGGCUUUGGAGCAAUUGCCAGCUUUGGAGCAGCCGAAGCCAGAGGAUGUGCCUGAAGUUGUUGUUGUUGUUGUGCCUAAAGCUGCCAAGCAACGCAGCAAAGAAUCCAAGGCCAGCAAAUCAAAAUCGAAACUCGCUCAGGAGCAACCCAAAGCCUUGGCCGCCAAACCAAAGCCCAAAGCUAAGAAAAAUAAAAUCGACAACUUGCUGCUGAGCACGCCCGUGCAGGAGCCGGAGAUCAUACAGCCGUUUGGCAAUAACAAUAGUCUGCCCAAUCAGUCGAAGCAACGACCCGCCAAGCUGAGCAAGCUGGAGCGCAAGGCCAUGAGGCGUGUGGCCAGAGAGUUGCAGCCACCAAAGCCAAAGCCAGCGCCAGUUAAGCCAAAGUCCGUGCCAGUUGCCGAGGUAGCGCCCAGGGUGGAGCCCAGAAAGGAGGCCAGCAAGGAGUGCAGCUCGGAGGUAACAUCAGAUUCGGAUUUAGAUCUGCCAGAGCUAAAGCAUGUCUAUAAUCAAGAGCUGCGUCGCAAGCUGAUUGCUAUAAUACAGAAAAUCAAGAAACUAUGAAAUGCAGUUAGACAUAGACUUUGAUGCCCGCAGACCUAUCGCUAAUCUCUAAUUUCCAACUCGAUUUAACAUUUGAUUUUCUCUUCUUUCUUUCUUUUUUUUGUAGUUGAUUCAUA